CCCUGUGCAAACCAUAUUGAGCGCGCUGGGCAUUCUGGGAGUACACAAUAGUUUCAAGAUGGCGGCGAGCAGGAGGCUGAUCAAGGAACUUGAUGAGAUUCGCAAAGCUGGACUAAAAAAUUUCAGAAACAUCCAAGUGGAAGAAUCAAACCUAUUGUCAUGGCAAGGACUCAUCGUUCCUGACAACCCACCCUAUGACAAAGGGGCAUUCCGAAUUGAAAUCAUUUUCCCUACCGAGUACCCAUUCAAACCCCCCAAGAUCACAUUCAAAACUCGCAUCUACCACCCCAACAUCGAUGAGAAGGGCCAAGUAUGUCUGCCCGUCAUCAGCGCGGAGAACUGGAAACCUGCCACCAGAACUGACCAAGUAAUCCAGGCCCUGAUCGCUUUGGUGAACGACCCGCAGCCAGAACACCCCCUCCGGGCAGACCUCGCAGAAGAAUACUCAAAGGACCGUAAAAAAUUUCUGAAGAACGCAGAAGAGCAUACAAAGAAAUAUGGAGAGAAGCGACCAAUGGACUGAUGCUCUGAUUCCCUCUCUCUUUCUCCCUCUCCUCCAUCUUUCACGCCCGACCAAAAAAUUACAAACCUCCUUACGCUCCUUCACUCCACCCCUAAACCAAUAAACCCCGCCCCCAGUCCAACGCCCUGAUACUCUCUGGACCAGAUACACUCUGCUUUUCUCCUUCCUUUUGGCCAUUCUGAAUUAACUUUGUUUUCUUAAAGCAAAAAAAAAAAGUAAGCAGUGUUCAGAUGAGAAAUUUGUAAUAUUUCUGUUGUAAUUUCCUCCAUAUAUAUAAGAGUUCUGUUGAAUAGCUCUGAUGUAAACUUAUUUUGAGCUGAUAAAACAGGUUGUUUACCCGAGCUUGUUUUGGCCAUUUGUUCAGAAAGUUGGCUAAAAGUUGAAGGGGUCGUAGAUGGAGCCUUGAGGAACACCGGAGUAGAUUUGCACUGAAUUUGUCACGUAUACAUAAAUUUAUUU